AUGGCCCCGGCUCUGGCCUCCUCCUCAGCAGCAAUGCUCGCUCGCCGCCAAUUCCUCCGCAUGAAUCAGCAGCAGGCCAGCGCUGUGAUGCGCGCCAUUGCCAUCCGCGGCUACGCUACGCCCGCUGGUCCUCCUCCCACCAACUUCCGUACCAGCAGACAGGUCAUGUGGCCCGGCGACAAGGACUCGACGCUCGACAAGCUGGGCAAGUACUUCCUCUUGACCGAGAUGGCUAGAGGCAUGUACGUGCUGCUUGAGCAGUUCUUCCGUCCUCCAUACACCAUCUACUACCCCUUCGAAAAGGGCCCCAUCUCUCCCCGUUUCCGUGGUGAGCACGCUCUCCGCCGCUACCCCUCUGGUGAGGAGCGCUGCAUUGCCUGCAAGCUCUGCGAAGCUAUCUGCCCUGCCCAGGCCAUCACGAUCGAGGCCGAAGAGCGAGCCGACGGAUCCCGCCGUACCACCCGCUACGAUAUCGACAUGACCAAGUGCAUCUACUGCGGCUUCUGCCAGGAGUCGUGCCCCGUCGACGCCAUUGUCGAGUCUCCCAACGCCGAGUACGCCACCGAGACGAGAGAAGAGCUCCUUUACAACAAGGAGAAGCUUCUCUCCAACGGCGACAAGUGGGAGCCUGAGCUGGCCGCUGCCAUCCGCGCCGACGCUCCUUACCGCUAA